AUGAAACGACAUGCAAAGGCGCCCUUCAGGACAACAAAUAAAAAAAAUUUUGGAGAAUUAGAAGAAUACGAAACUGAAGAUGAAGAAGAAAGAGUUGAAGUAGAGAAGGAAGAUGAAUUAGAUGAAACAAUGAGCUCCAUUGGUGACAAUUUCGAAGUAGAAGAGCUAUGUGAAGACUACGAUUUUGGACUUGAACAGUGUGGUUAUGAAGACGUAACAAGUUCAAAUUCUGAAAGCGACGGAGAAAGUGAUCACAUAGACUCUGAGACGGAUGCAAAUGAAAGUAAUGAUGAGGAAGAUGAAGAAGAAGAAGAUGAUGAUGAGGAAUUGUAUGAAGAUGACAGAGGAACCAUUAUUGUAGAAGGGGAGGAUAUGGACCACCGUCUUCUGGCAUUGGUUACUUUCUAUUGCAAGGAAGGAUUAUCAGAGAAAUGCAUGAAAAGGAUGUUGGCUUUGAUGGCAAUAGUUUACGGUGAAAAAGCUCCAUUUUCCAUCAAUGACAUUAAAAAAGUGGUGAGAAAUAUGGGGAAAAAUGUUAUUGACAGUGUAUCGUACUAUUGUAACAAAUGUGCGAAAAAGAAAAACUUCAAAGAAGAGAAAUGUGCAGAAUGCAAAGAAAAUCGGUGUGAAGUCUUGAAUCGAGUUACCCUCGUACAGUGCAAUGUAUUCUGGCAGUUGGAAGAAGAAUUAAGAUCAAAGGGGAUUGAAAUAAUUGAAGGACAUAAAACGAUUCAUUAUGGAACAGGAGAGUUGUUACCGGAGGAUAUAAGGAACUUUUCGGGUUACACGUCUAAAAUGGAAUCGAAAGAAGAAUUUGAAAAAGGAACUGUUAACCUUAUAUUCUCAGUUUUUUCGGACGGCGCAGUUUUUAAAAGUUUGAGCAGGAGAGAAGUUACGCCGGUGUUGAUGAGACUGGAAGGAAUUAAUGUGGAAUCGAAGAGCGGAGGAAAUAACUUUGUGAUGGUGUCGAUGGUGUUUGCAGAUGGGGGUGUGAAGAAGGAGUUUGCGGACACUUUUGUAGAAAAGUCGUUCUGCAAUCUGCCGAAAUAUGUGAAUGUAGAUGUCAAUGGAAGAACAUGGACUUUUCGACUCAAAAUCAUGAGUUUCUUGGCUGAUAUGAAGGAGAGAAAGAUGUUGACAAGGUUACCUAACUGGCAUCAAAUUAUGGGAUGCUCCGAAUGUUUAACGGAGGGGAAGAAAAAAAGGAGUGGAACGGUAUCGUAUAAUAAUUUCAAUAAGUUUUCCCAUCGCACUGAUUAUACCAUAAUGAGAGAUUCAUCAGAAGGUAUCAAUGGAUUUAACGGAUCUAAAGAAAUUUUGAAACCUCACCAUUGGGUUCAUUUGAAAAUGAAAACCGGAAGUGUGGAGGCAAUAGUAAAUUGUAUUGAUUCAAUCGUGCCGUACACAUAUGACCCCGUCCCAUUAGUAUCAAUGAGAAAAUCGUCUAAGUCCACAGGGAGAGAAACGGAGAAGAAGGCAAUAAUUAUGAGCGGGCUUGUCUGGCAGGAAGCGUUUUGCACCAGCAACGAUUACAAUGCUCUGAUGUGCGGUUUGUAUUAUUCUUUCAUGUGCCAAGCAAAUAUGAUGUGUGACUCCACAAGUCUAAACAAAUUGUUGGCCAAAGUAUAUCAACUCCAUGCCACUCUCGAGCCGGAUUCUAUAACAAUUAAAUACCAUGUAGGAUCCAAAUGA